AUGGAGACUUCUCGAAUCCUAGGAUGUAUAGAGGAAUGUAGCGGGACUAUUCGUACUGAGUCUGGAUGGACAGCAUAUAUUGGUUCCUCGAUCCAAGAAAGCUGCCACCGCGAUGAAAACGAUCACAGCAUGUAUAAGCAAGCAAAUGUCAAGAAGGGCUGUGACUAUGAUGAUGAGGAUGAUAACGAGAGUGAUGACUCUAUGGCAUCAGAUGCUUCUUCUGGUCCUAGUCUUGAUGAAUUUCCAUUCAAAAGCAAAGAAAUAAGAGUCGACAUGGGCCCUUUCAAGAAUGCAACUACUAAGUAUUCGUCAGGACAAAAACUUCACACAAAGUGUAAGCAAAAAGAUAGAGCAAGGCCAUUGAUCAAAGUAGAAAAAGAACAAUUGGUAUUUGAGGCAAAGAGUGCUGCAAGUCACAUUUAUGGUGGAACAAGGUGUUUAAAAACAGAGUAA